UAAGAAACAUUCGAAGGGAUGUAUCUGUCCAUGUUGUUCAGAUUACUAUAAGAUACGGACAGAAUCCUGUGUGAAACUGAAACCAGCAGCAUCAGCACCAGGAUUUCUGGAACCUUCCCCAGAUAUUCUCAUUCCCAACAAAACAAGAAGCAGAGUAUCUGCUGCAUCUGCAGCAGAAAGAGCCGUCAAACUGAGGAAGCGCAAGAGAGAAGCACAGCCCAAACAGGGGAGGCAGCAACAACCUGCCAUGGGUGUGGACUACUACAAUGUCCUGCAGGUUGAUAAGACUGUAAACGAGGAUGAUCUUAAGAAGGCUUACAGGAAGCUAGCCAUGAAAUGGCACCCUGAUAAGAACCCCACUAACAAGAAAGAAGCUGAAGCCAAAUUCAAACAGAUUUCAGAAGCCUAUGAUGUGUUGAGUAAUUCUGAGAAGAGGGCUGUGUAUGAUCAGUAUGGGGAAGAGGGGUUGAAGGGUCAGGUGCCACCUCCUGAUGCUUCUGGUGGUGAAGGAACCGCUUUCUUUUUCGACUCCGGAGGUAUGUCGUCGUCGUUUCAAUUCAAUAACCGGAAUGCCGAUGACAUUUUUCAGGAGUUUUUUGGGUUCAACCCCUCUGGGGGCAUGGGAAGGGGUGCUGGUGCUGGUGCUGGUGCUAGUGCUGGCGGCGGCGGUGGUGGCAGAGGAAUGAGGCCGAGGGUCCCUAAUGAGAUGUUUCCUGACGACUUAUUUGCAUCUUUUCCGGAAGGAGGAGGACAAGGUGAUGGUCGUCGCAAGGCUCCUCCCAUUGAGAACAUGGUGCCCUGCACUAUGGAGGAGAUAUACAAAGGGACCACAAAGAAGAUGAAGAUCUCUAGGGAAAUUAUUGAGGCCACUGGAAAAGUCUCGCAGAUGGAGGAGAUCUUGACUAUUAAUGUCAAGCCUGGUUGGAAGAAGGGGACGAAGAUCACCUUCGAGGAGAAGGGAAAUGAGCAACCAAACAUGAUACCUGCGGACCUUGUUUUCACCAUCGAUGAAAAGCCGCACAAUGUUUUCACUCGUGAUGGAAAUGAUCUGAUUUUCACUCAGAAAAUAUCUCUUCUAGAAGCUUUAACUGGCUGUACAGUGAACCUCACUACACUGGAUGGUAGAACCCUGACUGUACCAAUCAACAAUGUUGUUCAUCCUGAUUAUGAGGAGGUCCUUCCGAGAGAAGGAAUGCCGCUCCCAAAGGAUCCAACAAAGAGAGGAAACUUGAAAAUAAAGUUCAACAUCAAAUUCCCAAUGCGGAUCACUGCAGAACAGAAGGCAGGAAUGAAGAAACUGCUGGCUCCCUGAAGUAAAUUAAUUGGCACAAUUUGUGUGGCUCAUUUAUAUCAUGAUGUAUACUAGACUCAUAAUCUUGGCAGGAGGCCAAUGCGAUGAAUUUGGUUAUUUUUUAUAGAAUAUUGUAAUUUAAUUCAGGGAUUUAAAUUAUGGUUUGACAUUGAAUUUUUUUGGUUGGUUGGUUAACCAAUGAGAUAGAAUUGAGUACAA